AUGUCGGCCGCCCUUCCGGCUUCCCGGAGGUCUCAGGCGCAAGAGGAACUCAAUCGCACAAUCCGGUCGCUCAGCUUUGACUUCCAGCUCGACCUUGAGCUUCCCGACCCGACUCUGUCGCCCAGUAAGCGCCGGCUACAGCGUCGCACAAAGGAGCAGGACCGCGCGGAUGCCAUCUACCGUCGCGCGCACUACCUCAAGUUCCAAGAUCCCAACCGUCUCUCGAGAUGCUUUGGCCGGUUUCGCGAACAGGCCGACGAGCACCUGAGGCAUUGGAUCGAAAAGCCCCGCGCCGACCCUGACACCACUCCAAGAGCAACCAAUGGCCCACAUCGUUCCCGCUUGAGCCCCGAAGAGCGGGCCGAGCUACAGGAGUUUCUCCUGCAGCUGCUUAAAGACGACAACCUUGUGAACCAACCGCGGGCGAGAUACUCGAAGCGUAAUUCGGAUGAGUUUCCAGAUCCCAGUGCAAAGAGAUACAGAAACUCCACAGAUGGUCCUGGCGCAGAGUCGCCCUGCAACAGUGUCGAUGACAUCCCAGUUCGAUCCAGCACUUCCAGUCGCUCAUUCGCGGGACGGCCCGCAGCUCACGACGCAGGUACAGCUACUGCUACCACACGCUCUGCCACACGGUCUAGCACGCACUCCAAUGGCGUCCAAAGUGCAACCACCAGCUUUUCCAAUUCGAAUGCUUUAUCUUUUGGGAAUAGAUCCUUCAACUCUAGCAAAGUUUCACUUGCUCCAACUGUCUUUUCUGCUGUCAAUGAUGAAUAUGCAGCCAGCACUCAGACAACUGUCAUGACCAACCAUUCAUUCAAGGAUCCCCAGACUUCGUUUUCUCGCAGCAUACGACAGUUCGAGUAUCAACCCCCUGAUGAGCCCGUCAAAAAACGUGUGGAUUGUGAACCGGUCCCCUUUUCGGUGAACAAAUAUGAACGUCAAGUGCCAGCCGAACCCGUUGAUGAGCCAGUGCUCCCGCCUGUGGUAUUCCCACCUGUGGAAAAAUCACGGCCUGUCAUCCGGCCUCAGGCCCUUGAUAUCAGAUUUGAGGCCCCUAUUCGAUCGAGCAGUCCUGCCACGGCCUACUCUAGCGUCCCAGAAAUGGCUGACCUGGAUACGCCAGUUCUUGGAACUCCAGUGUUUGCGAAAGAGCCGCCGUCGUGUGCCCUGAAUGAUCGGCUACGAAACAUCUGGCCCAAGUUUCCAAUUCCUGGAUUGAACCAUGCUCCUUUGAUCAUCUUGUGGGAGCUCACACGAGCCGCACUCCAUUGCCAGGUGGACUUGUCUCAAUGGGACAUUGAAUACAAGCCUAAUGAUAUCUGGCAUGAUCAGAGCAAGUUUCGUGGUCAGAUCUUGCUUUCUCAUCGACUUUUCGUGGGCCAGGGACUGCCUCCUGCUUGUGAACGAGCUGCCUGGGAUGCAGCCUUGGGCACGUUUGCAGCCCAAGACAAGACGGUCACCUUGCUUGCAGAGCUGGUUUACAACACUGAGGACUCUGGUCCAUUGUACCGGCUCAAGCUCCAGCCACCUCGACUUGAACUUGGACAUCGACUGGCUCGUCGAUUCGGCGCAGAUCGUUUCAUGGAGAUUGUGAUGCCGAGCCCUACCACUAGAGAUGCUCCGGACGUCGUCAAGCAGGAUGAAGGGGGGCCAAACAAAGUCAUAAGAUGGCUUACUGACAGCUCUCACUAUUUUGUAGGUCUCAAGGAUCCCAACCCUCCUCACAAGAGUAUGACGAUCAUGCAGGAGCGCGUCUACUUCUUUGCGACUGACGGGAUCAACUUCCGUCUCCCUGAUCAUCAGCAACCACCACAGGAAGAGGCCACAAGCCCUGGAAAUCGCACAAAGAUGCGACGUUGUGACCUCUUAAAUUGGGCCAUCGGCGUUGAACGCAACUGUCGGCAGCCCGUUCCGAAAUUGUUUUCUCGACUUGCUCUCAACCUCAGCAAAACAGUCCCCACCGUUGUGCUUGCCCCGAAUCAGUUUCGCCAUCAAGACACCAUGCUUGGCUUUCACAAAUACAUGAGAGAAGAAGACAAAAUAGAACAGCAAGACAUGGGUGAUGGUAUAGGCCGAAUGUCCCGAAGCCUUGCACGCAAGGUGGCGACUCAUCUUGGUCUUCUCGAAGCUCCUUGUGCGUUCCAAGCCCGUAUCGGCAGCGCCAAGGGGAUGUGGAUUGUCGAUGUUGAGGAUGACGGGCUUGACGACGACGAUUGGAUAGAGACAUAUCCUUCUCAGAGAAAGUGGGAGUGCGAUUACUUGGAUGUUCACCAUCGAACAUUUGAAGUCCGCGAAUGGUCCCGAGAGCUGAGACCGGCAGCUCUCAACCAGCAGUUCAUCCCAGUUCUGGAGGCUCAGGCUCCCCGACCCCGUCUCAUGCGGGAUGCCAUCGCCGCUCAUUUGGUCAAUGGACUUGAUGAAGAGAUUGGUGGCCAAAUGGCUGCCAUGGCUCAUCCCACCAAUCUUCGCGGCUGGACGCAUCGUGGAUUCGAUCGCUCGAGUGUUGGUCAUGUCCCAUUCUUGGGGGGUCUGCCAGAGCGAGAUGAAGACGUCAUUUCGUACCUGCUGGAUGCAGGCUUCGAGGCAACCAAGUGCCGUCAUCUGAGGGACCUUGUCUGGAGCAUGCAGAAGCGACAAGCAGAUCAGCUCAAAGCGAAGAUGAACAUCAAGAUCCCGCGAUCGACCUACGCGUACAUGGUUGUUGACUUUACUGGAACACUGGAAGAAGGGGAGGUUCAACUUGCUUUCUCUUCCAAGUUCCAAGCCGACGGCGAGUCAGACACACUACUGGAUGGUAUCGACAUUUUGGUCGCCCGAGCCCCGGCCCAUUUCGUCAGCGACAUUCAAAAGGUCAAGGCGGUAUUCAGGCCCAACCUUAAGCGGUUGAAGGACGUGAUUGUCUUUUCUUCCAAGGGAAAAUCGCCGCUUGCUGAUCUUCUCUCUGGCGGUGACUACGACGGUGACAAAGCUUGGGUUUGCUGGGACCCCAAAAUCGUCAGCAACUUCAGCAAUGCAGCCAAACCUGUUGAACCCGACCUUGUCAAGCAGGGUUAUCUUCGAAAGUCCAACCCAAGCUUCGAGUCAAUCCUGAGCACAAGCAUGGAUGUAGACAGUGCCUGCGCCGACUUUCUACACUCGGCUAUUUCUUUCAGCAUGCAGCCAUCCUACUUAGGCAUCUGUACCGUGUUCAAGGAGAAGCUCUGUUAUUUCGAGCGAGGCGUCAACAGUGAAAGAGCCGUGGCACUCAGCACGCUGGUCAGUCUUCUUGUCGACCAAGCCAAACAGGGUCUGCUUUUCACACGCGAGGACUACGAGCGGCUCAAGCGCGACAUGAAAAUGCAAGGCAAGGACCCCGAGUACCACAACGAUAGAAGCUCAAGGUAUACCUACAGAGAUGGCUCCAGUCACAUUCUCGACUAUCUCAAGUUUGAUGUCGCCGAAAACACCAUUAGAAUAGCGUUGACGAAAUUCUACGACGCUCUUCACGGCCACGAAGUAUACGCCUGGGACAAGGACUUGGCCCGUCUCAACGACGAGUUUGAGGCCCAAAAAGAAGGCUCCAGGAUCAUUAAGAGGCUGAUGGAGGUCCUGCAUGCCAAGGUCUCGGAAAUGACCAAGGAAUGGAAGGUGACAAUGGCCGGCAGCAAGGCUGACACUCAGAACAAUGAAUUUGGUGCCAAGGUUAAGGAACUCCACCAAAAGUGGUCUUCAUUCCAGCCGCCGGCCGAGCUGAUGACUUCCAGACAAGUCAAGCCUCUCUUUGACUCCUGGAAUGGAGACCCUUCGUUGAGCAAAUGGGAGCUCCUCAAGGCAUCGACCAUGUUCAAGCUCGGCUACAAGUUCGCGUAUACUAUGGUCUGGCGGCUUUCGGGCCAGCAGUAUGCGUGGAUGAAAGCCAUGAUGUCUCGUGGGGGAUCAGACGUGAGCGCCGUGGCCGUCACCGCAGAAAUGUGGAGUAUUCUUCGACCGGACAACAGGCGCAUCGCGGCGUUGACUGCUCGACGACAGGCUGGACACGAUAACGAGAGUCUGUCGGCGCUGGAGGAGGUGAUGGAGUAUGAUGACGACGGUACCCAGAUCGACGAUGCUUAG